ACUGGAACAAAGAAAAAACAAAGUGCAAAAGAAAUCAAAAAAGGCCUAAACUUUGGAAAAGCGUCAUAAAGUUGAUCUCGACAAAGGAUGUCCUGAUUAUUGGAUUCACGAAUGCUUUGUAUUCAAUUUCUACCCUUCUUCAACCAUUGCUAUUGGAUAUCUUAUUUCCAUACUGAUGUCAGCUGAGCCAAAGAAAGAUAAUCUUCUCUAUGGUUGUACACUUGCUUUGUGUAUUAAUUCCGUCGUCGGAGUUUUUAGUAUGCACCAACAAGACUACGGAUGUGAGCUGUUGGGUGCCAGAAUCAGUUGUGCCUUAAAAGGUCUAAUUUACCAUAAGACGCUACAUCUCAGCAAGGAUGCAUUGUUAAAAUUUACAACAGGCCACGUGAUCGACCUUAUGUCAAACGAUGUUCAGCGAAUGGAGGAAGACACAGUCCUGUGGCUUUCCUUAUCGAUUCCUUCGUGCUUUGUCCUGGUGGUGAUAGCAGUGCUACUCGUGUAUUUGAUUGGCUGGCAAUCUCUUAUGGGAGUCUUUUUCUUAUGUUUCCUUGUGCCAUAUUUCCUUGGGUUCUCCUAUAUUUACGCUGCACAACGCGUGCUCGCAGCAGCGGUGUCCGAUCGACGCAUUUCCUUGAUGAACCAGGUGGUUUCUGGGAUUCGCGCCAUCAAAACACGUGGGUGGGAGGAUGAAUACAGAAAAAAAAUUAAACACACACGAAGAAGUGAAAUUAACAUCAUCCGUAAGAAAAGUGCCAUUCUGUCAGGCGUUCUUGCCUUGUGGGACAGUUCAGUAUCAGUAGCGACCCUGUUGUCUGUCGUUACUCUGGUACUUACUGGUCAACCCAUCACACCUGUUAAUGUCUUUAUGCUGCUAGGUUUUAUGGCUAUCGCAAGAUCAAUAACAUGCCUUUAUAUUUCUAAUGCUUUGCUACAAACAUAUGAAGCUUAUGCAUCGCUAAGAAGAAUAGAAGAUUUUCUUCUUUUAGAAAACCUUCCCGCCAUCUUACGUGGUCAGUCUAAAGAGGACAUCAGUAACCCAGAGAGCAAGGCAACCAAAGUUACGAACAGUCUGUUAGAUCAGCAGGCGAAAAUGCAGAUAGCAUUCAAUCCUGACCUAGAAAAAAAUCCGCAGGACAAGCCCAACACUUUAUAUGUGUCGAAUCUGACGUACAGACAAAUCGAGCGACAAGAUGAAUUUAUUUUACAAGAUAUUGAAUUUUUUAUAGCAUCACAAAGUCUAACAGUCAUAACUGGACCAGUGGGCAGCGGAAAAUCUACUCUUCUCUCAGCAAUCGCUGGAGAGAUCUCUGAAGUUAGCGGGACAAUAACCUUGCCAGGGACUCUUGUUUAUGUUCCUCAGACAGCUUGGAUCUUCUCUGGAACCAUAAGAGAAAACAUUUUGUUUGGUCAAGCAUACGAUGAAUCAAAGUACACCAGAGUAAUAGAGGCAUGCGCUCUCACAGAAGACAUCCAGCGGUUUCCUGACUAUGACCAAACAGUUGUUGGGGAACGCGGUGAAGUUCUGAGUGGAGGUCAGAAGGCGAGAGUUAGUUUAGCACGUGCAAUUUACGCUGAUGCUGACCUUUACUUGUUAGACGAUCCUCUCAGUGCCGUGGACUUUAAAGUUGGCCAACAUAUCUUUAAAUCAUGUAUCAACGACUUACUGGGCGAUAAAACGCGAGUGUUAACAUCACACCAAGAACAGCACAUGAAAGAAGCUGAUCAAGUGAUUGUGUUGUACAAAGGCCGCGUGUUGGAAAAGGGACGUUUAACUGAACUUAAAGAAAAAGGUAUUCUAAACACAACUGUUGACCCGUUCUAUCAGACAGUUGGGAAAGAUAGCAAGCAUACUGAGAGCGUUGCUCGAGAGAUAGAACAGAGGAACGAAGGUGGUGAUGGCUUUGGAACAAUGGCGCCACUACCCAAUGAAGCUAAAGGUCUGGAAAUAUCACAAGAAGAUCGUUCCAUCGGAGUGAUUUCAUCAAAGCUUUACUGGAACUACUUUAGAAGCGGAGUACAUUGGUCAAUAAUUGUUGCAGUAAUUUGUUUGUGCUUCAUAGCGCAAGCAAUGAUAGUUGCUCCUAACGUCUGGCUCUCGUCACUAACAAAGAAACUACCAGAAGAUCAGAAAGACAGCACAAACCUAACUAUCUAUGCUUAUCUCGUCGGUGCGUCCCUUAUCUCUGCCCUCAUGCGAGCUUGCGGAUUUCUUUUUGUUUCCUUAAGAUGUUCAGAGCGUCUUCAUGACAAGAUGGUUUUAGCUAUUUUACAAGCACCGGUUCUAUUCUUUGAUUCAAAUCCCGUGGGAAGAAUACUCAAUCGAUUUUCUAAAGAUAUAGGCUGCCUUGACGAGUUGUUGCCCAAGACUUUUCUAGUAUCUAUCCAGCGAGUCUUGUUGGUGUUUGCAUCAAUAAUCAUAUCAACUGUUACAAAUCCUUGGCUUCUAUUUCUUGUUGUUCCGUUGAUUGUGUUAGUCUUGUACAUCUCCAAGUAUUACUUGAAGACGUCCAGAGAGCUCAAAAGGUUGGAGUCAAUAUGCCGUAGCCCAGUCUUCUCUCACUUUUCCGAGACCUUGAAUGGACUGGACACGAUUCGAACAAGAGGCAGACAAAAAGAUUUCGUGGAUCAGUUUCACAGAUAUCAAGAUGUUCAUAAUCAGUCGUAUAUUAUGGUAAUGGCCAGUGGGCGAUGGCUUGGUGUACGCUUGGACCUUCUCGCAUCCAUGUUAGUCGGUGCAGUGUCUCUGGCGGCUGGUUUGGUGUCUCAGGAUGCUGCUUGGGCGGGACUUGCCCUUGUUUAUGUCAUCCAAACUUCGAUAGCUACUCAAUACGCUGUCAGAAAAACCUCGGAUGUCGAGAAUUUCAUGACCUCAGUUGAACGAGUAAUGACAUACACCAAACUUGACUCAGAACCUGGAUACAAAGUGCAUAGGCUUCCCCCAGAACACUGGCCACACGAAGGAAAUAUCACAUUUCAAGAUGUGUCAUUAACGUACUAUCCGGGGGCCCCUCAAGUACUGAAGAGAAUCAAUCUUAACAUCAAAGGAGGAACAAAGAUCGGUGUUGCAGGUCGCACAGGUGCAGGCAAGUCAUCUUUUGUGGCAGCGCUCAUGCGCAUGCCUGACGCUGAUGGAGACAUACUGGUCGAUGAUAUUCCAAUCAAACAGAUCAAUCUCCAAGACGCUCGACGAUGUAUAUCCGUUCUUGGCCAAAGCCCUGUCUUGUUUAGUGGAUCGCUCAGGAAAAAUCUUGAUCUCUUGGAGCAGUUGCAAGAUGCAGAUUUGUGGCGAGCUUUGGAGAAGGUGCAACUGAAAGAGUUGGUAGAAAGUCUAGAUGGAAAGCUGGAUCACGAGCUGUUAGAACAUGGAGCAAAUGUCAGUGUAGGAGAGCGGCAGUUAAUUUGCUUGGCUCGUGUGCUGUUACAGCAAAGCAAGAUCGUCAUCUUGGAUGAGCCCACUGCACAUGUGGAUCCAGAAACAGAACAAACAAUCUGGAACGUAGUGCGUGAGAAACUAAAAGAAUCCACAGUAAUCACUAUAGCUCAUCGUUUAAGUACCAUCAAAGACUGUGACAUGGUUUUGGUUUUGAAAGGUGGGGAAGUUGACGAAUUUGAUAAAUUUGACAGUUUAGUUAAUAAGAAAGGAGGUGCUCUGAAUGAAAUGGCUCUAGUUGCAGAUAUCUAGAUAGGCCGGUUCCCUCUUUGAUGACAGAACAGUGUUAUGUACAGACCCCUUUCCAUUUGAAUCAAUUGUUGGUGGCUGUUUACUUCUUGCUUAUCGAAAAUAAGCAGUAGCAGGUACCAUAUACAAUAGAACUUUUUAGGUUGGGCGGUUUGUUUUCAUCCAUUACAGAC